AUGUCGCCUAGAUUCUUGUGCCUUCCAGGGUAUCUUCAAAGUGGAAAGUUGUUUGCAGAAAAGUCCUCAGGGCUCAGGAAAAGUUUAACUAAGAAGAAAUUCGAACUCUUGUAUAUAGAUCCUCCUGUAGUAAUUAAAAGUAAGGAAGAGCUUCCCUUCAAAUUGUCAGAAGAUGAAGUUGAAGCCAAUCUGAAAUGGAAUUCUAUUGUAGAACAGGGAAUUAACCGCGCUUGGUGGAAACAUCUGGAUGCCUUGGGCUAUGAAGGGUUCCAAGAGUCGCUCCACUAUCUCACGAAAUAUAUCAAGGAAAAUGGACCAUUCGAUGGCAUUAUUGGAUUCUCUCAGGGUGCUGCAAUGGCACUGAUUAUGACCAACACAAUUUCAAGAUUAUUGGAUCAAGAAUUCAAAAUUGCAAUUUUCUUUUCGGGAUUCGUUUUUACUGACGUUGAAAAUCCAAACGACGACAAGACUAGCUUGAAUUAUGACAUUAAAGAUAUUGCGGAGUAUCUGUCCAAGGUCACCAUCGUUCAUGGCUAUGAAGAAUACUAUUUACCUGGAGCUUCAACUUUGAAUACUAAGAUUAUCAAUAUAUAUGGCUCCGAAGAUGCAGCAGUGCCUGCCAUUAGAUCUGAGUACUUGACAAGCAUCUACAAUGGUAAAGCAACCGUAGAAGAAUACGUUCACGAUGGUGGGCAUUACUUGCCAAACAAGAAGCAAUUCUUAAAUCCAAUAGUAGAGUCAGUUGUGAAUGUUUUUGAAGAGAAGGCAAGUCUCUAA